UCAGCUUGUCGUCUUAUGCAGCAGCCGUCCUACGACGACAGGUUUGUUCCUGCUCCAUCCUGGGAGCCAGCGGCAGUGCGUGUGCAAAGCACAACAGCUCCACUGCAAAGUCGACGCCCUGGCCAUCCGAUUCCGCGACGCCCGUCGCCUUCAAUCACCUCACCUCUGAAUCUCUCUCAACUUCAUGAUCAGGCUCGCCCUUUCUCCACCGAGCAUGAAGCAGCUGCCGAUAACCGAGCCUCUGAGUCUGCUACUACAUCCUCCCAGGCGACAUCAGCGCGCAUCAGCCAUGCUAUUUCUGACAGGGUACCGACCGAAAAUGCUCCAUCCAGCCCAGCUUCCAGCCGCCCAGUGAACUCCGACGUGUCUUCUAAUCAGUCUGUCUCCCGUGAUCCCCAACCAUCAUUGCGUCAAUCGGCUGCUGGCUCCGUGUCGGGUCAAACACUGACGUCCCCCCCACGUUCAAGCAGCCGGUCAUCUCGACCGCAAAAAGCAUUGAUUGCUGCACUUCAACUAGCCCAGGAGGCAGUGCAGCUCGACUCCUCUGGGGGGAACCCCUUCGCGGCCGUGAAAGCUUAUGCACGAAGCGUGGCGUUGUUGAGUGAUGUGAUGGAAAAGGCUGUCAACGGAGACCAUUCGCAAUCCUUGGCCUCAAGAGAGGAGGAGGUCCGAAAGUUAAGAUCAAUACAUGAUACUUACGCCGAACGCAUGGAAGUCUUGUGUAACAUCUACAACGUUUCAGUAGCAGAUGUUAGAGCCGAAGCAGUAGCUUUGAACCAAGCAGCCGCUGCCAGUCCCAGCGUCGAGACUCGGUCAAGGAGCACAACGCCAGCUCCACUCUCUUUACCUACCCAAUUCACCAGCGUCCCAACUCAGCCGGCUGCAGAGCCUCGGACUGAAGGUGCAGAGAACAUCGGAGCUUCCAUGGUAGCUCUUUCUCUGACAAUAGAAGAGUCCCAAGAAGUUGAAGCGGUCCGAACUGCGGCACCUAGCCGCGCCCUCAAUUUGCCUCCAAUCAGACCCCCGCCCGCUGGUCUUCCACCGCCGAAACCCUUUACUCCUUCAACAGCGAGACCAACUGUCCCUGCUGCUGCACAGUCUACGCUAGAAGCUCCCGAGCGAUCCUUGGGUCAUCGCCGUGUGGCAUCCAGUGGCAGCGACCGAGUAAAUUAUGUCAAAUCCCCAGACAGUCCCCAACACUCGGAAGGUACGCCGGUAUCAGAGAUAUUAGACUGUGUGAUUCCUCCAACCCCAACAGCUUCCACUCCACACGUCGUAACAUCAGCAUCAACGUCUCGACCCGUUUCUCCAAAUCUUCCAUCUCCCUUGACGCCUCGCUUUUCGGAACUGCAUGGCAGAAGAGGAGGCAGCGAGUCUAUUUCAUCCCAAGGCUCAGUCCUCAGUAAUGACAACGAAUCUACGUCGAGUUCAGGCUAUCCUCAUCCAGUUAGGUCUCGAAACGCUGCGUCGGGUUCUAUAGGUUCAUGGUCCGAUGCUGCUACUCCCGAACUGCUGGAAAGGGGAUCUCGACAAUUGCAGCAGUCAGUCAUAUCAACUUCCACUGUAUUUAGCUCAAUUGCUCAGCGACGCAGAUCUAUCUAUCCUGGCGCACCAAGUCCCCCGCCCCCUUUACCGACUCCAACAUCAAACACUUCUGUCAUUCCUCCCAGGUUAGCUGAAGCAUUACCCCCUACGACGGCCGCAAGCCUAGGCAUCCCGGGACGUCUCCGCGCUGUUUCUCAGCCAGGGAGACGGCCAUCCCAAACUGGUGCGCCACUGUCUCUGGCAUUGGGUACUGCGCCUCCGGAGUCAGCUUCGCUUGCGGCGAAGCAGUCUGCCGCACCUCGCUCAGCAUCAGACAUUCGUACCCUUCCUCGGAAGAUUUCAAUACCCCACUCAUUGGCUCAGGUUCGUACGGCAACAAAUACCGGUUUCGGCUUGCAUUCUACUCAAGCUGCUGGUACACAUACCCAAGCAAUAGUGCAGGUGGCUGCAUCGCAGCCUCCUCCCCCGAGUCCACCCGUAGACCCGUUGCGGCGGCCUUUCCACCUCAUGUCUCUGCUCCUUACGUCCAUGUCAUCUAAGCAAGGUGGUUUUCUGACAAGGAAAUUGUACGUCCCGCACGACGUGUGGUCCCAAGGGGGCGCCAAGUUAAACAAUCUGCCCGAGAAGGGCAAGUGUGUAGAAGCCCUCAAUACGGCGCUCGAGGAGGUUGUUACUGGCAGUGGCGAGUUCUUUCGUGGUGCUGGUCGGUCAAGCGCCGAGCGGUGGCUGAAGUGCCUUGAGGAGUUCUCAACAGUAUGCGAAGGUGUUCUAAGCAGUGUCGGCAAAAAGCUGGGUGUUGGCGAAGGCAUUGUAUCCGCGAGGAAGGGAAGUGGGGUAACUUCCUGGAGCGGAAAGUUUUCUAGAACACUGGACCGCAUGACGAAUAACAAGAGUUUUGAUUCUCCAUCGUUAUACGUCAACGGGUUAACGAAGCUCUUCCAGCAAGCUCAAACAUUUGAUGAACACAUCAAAGCCUUUUCCAACUCUUUCUUACCUACACCAUACUCGGCAUUAGCACCUGAUCUACGACACCAAAUCGAGACACGUUUAAGGCGCUCAUCGGAGUUUUUCGCUUCGGUAGUGCUAACUUGGGUCAUUCGCGACCUUGGCCUACUCCUUGACAAAUAUGUCAAGAAAGGGGAGAAAUGGCUGGAGGAAUAGACUCUACUCCUAAGUAUCUCCAUUAUGGACUAAGUUUAGAGUAUGUUGCCAUGUGUAAGCUAAUGUAUGGCACUUCAUAUUUCGUGGAAGGCGACAUUUGUUUCACUCCUUGUUACAGCCACCCACGUCUGUAUUCAUAUCCUUGACCCCAAUCAUGUUGCUUUUAUCGCAUUCGUUUGCUUUGGUAUCAUUGCAGUCCUGUAUAACUACUGCGGAUCAAUAGUAUUGAACCCCAUGACAUUCGUG